UGUCUUAUCGCAUGACGUCACCUUACUAAAAAAAAAUAACAACGGGUUUUUCCCCGAAAGCUCAAUAAAUGGGGAAGUGGAUUUUCCACUAAAUGACGCAAUCAUUCUGUACAUGAUUACAACAUCUUAUUCCUCCAUUAAAUAUAGACUAUGUAGCCUGGCCUGAUCGGUAUAUCAAAAAAGCCUAUCAAGAUUAAUGGAGAAGAAAUCAUGGCGUUACAAAGCUUACAAAUGUUACAAUACCGGAAAACGCUCAGCGAUAUUGGGAGAAAGCUGACAGACACCGAUAUGCGGUCUAUCCGUUUCAUCUGCAAAGACGUCGACGGGCUCACAAAGCGCGACCUCGAGUUAGAAGAGCCGCUCGAUUUCUUUGAGAAACUUGAAGAGCGGGGCGUUCUUUCGGACAUCGACUUGGGGUUCCUUAAAGUUCUCUUGGACAUGGUUCAUCGGAAAGACUGCCUGAAACUUCUGGAAAGUUACCAGAAUGGGACUGGGACUUAUGCCAAGGCUGCCAGUGGUGACCACAAUAGGCAGCCGGUACAAGCCAUGGACCACGACAGACACCAUGGGACGGGCCAUAAUGCAUACCAUGGCGUGGGGCCUGUUGAGCAAGAUGGAGCCAGCUGUGAGGGGUACCAGCCGGUCACCAGAGCCAGAGACUUCUCAGAUGGACACGUCCCGCAAGCAGCCGCCGGCCCACAUCCUUCAUUACAUCAGAACAGAGGCAUGAUUCAACAAGUACGGGAAGUCAGCAUGGGAGAAGAUUUGUCCGACGUUUUUGAAGUCGUGGUGGAGGAGAUUGGCCGAGACUGGCGACAACUGGCGCGCAAGCUGCACCUGACCGAGACGGAGAUUGUGCGCAUCUCCGAGGAUCACAUGAGGGACCUCCGGGAACAGUCCAUGCAGAGCCUGUUGCUAUGGAAAAAGAAGAUGCGUAGCCAGGCAACUAAAGCUGCACUGGUUGAAGCGCUUAAGAAGUGCAGAAUGAUGUAUAUUGUGGAUAUGUUGGAGGGAAGCUAUUUCCGAUGAUUUUUUUUUCUUUUUAAUGUGUUGUAGCAACUGCUUCUGAGCAGUUGCUUGGCACAAAAUCUGUAUAAAAUAGCUUUUGAACUAAAGUCAUGAUGCAGUGAUCCAUGGCAGCAGCAUGCAUUGUGGUAUACAUUGUCCCACGGUCUAUAUUUGCAUAUUGCCCUCCAGGGUCCGGGCAUUGUGCUACUCGGGUCCGCUCAUAAGUCGGACGCCUCAUAGGUCUGACGCCUCAUAAAUCCGAAAAAAUCUCAUCCCCCAACCAAAUAAAGGCCCAUAAGUCUGACGCCCCAUAGGUCCCAUGCCUCAUAGGUUCCGGCUCGUAGGUCCAAAAAUUUAAUUGACUUUUAUUUCAUUCCUAAGUCUGACACCUCAUAAGUCCGACGCCUUGUAUGUUCGACGCCCCAUAGGCCCGACGCCUUUUAAGUCUGACGCCUCGUAUGUCCGACGCCUCGUAUGUCCGACGCCUCGUAU